GUCGCCUCCUGGGCAGCAUUGCUAACCACACUCAUCUACCAUGCAAGACGCCAGGGAAUCUCCGGAAAGACAGAGCGGCUACAGGAGGAAGCGCGUCGCAAAGGCCUGCCACACAUGCCGGUCAAUGAAGAGCAAGUGUGAUGGGAAGCGCCCCGAGUGUAGUCGGUGUAAGGGCUAUGGAUACAACUGCACCUACAGCGUGGGCCAGCCGCGCCGUGGGUAUGUCGCCGUUCAGGGACAGAGUGAGCUCCGAAAGGCAUUAGAAGAGUACGACGGACUGGUGGACCAUCUCAUUUCCAAACUGCAGUCACCAGAGGAACGGAAAAGCGCAUCAAGUACCGCCUCACGCAUAAAGUCACACGCCAAUGCGGCCUUGGCCAGCAUCGGUGCCUCCCUGCUGGGUCCACAGCCUCCGACGCGCAGCCCCAAGCCAGAAACUGCGUCACCGGGGUCCCAGAUUUACCGGAGUGAGAGAUAUCUGGGCGAAGUUAGCGACGUCCGAUUUUUCAACUUGGUGAAGCGGGUGCUCCAGACUCAAGAUGGGUCACCAGGAUCGGAAGAGGAGGUUGACAGCUACGAACAAGAUGAUGAUCUUGAGUCUGCCAACGCCGCAGCUUGUAGAGCCGUCAAACUGCCUAGCCCGGAAACCUUCAAAGACUUCGCUGACAUUUACUUUUCUACUAUACACCUUGCAUACCCUUUUAUUCCUCAGUCGAUGUUUAUGGCAUCGUACAAUGAAGCCCAGACUCCAUCCGGCAACCAGGCUUCUCUGGACACUACCCAACUCGCGCUCCUGUAUGCCAUUUGCGCCAUUGGUGCUUACUAUAACUCCUUUCUUGACAAUCAAACCGAAACGAACAAGCUCCAUGAGGUGUACUUUCUGCGAGCCUUGUCUUUAGCCCCACCACUCGGCAUAGAUCUGUCUAUCAACCACGUCUCGUUGCUGUUGGCUCAGUGUUUUUACCUCCUGGCAGUUUGCCGGACAGACAGCUGUUGGACAACUCUCGGCCAGGCUGUUCGUACAGCUCAAAGCAUCGGGCUGCAUGUAGAGCAUAAAGACUCCGAGAAGUACACCACUUCGGGGUCUAUAGGAGUUGAGAGGCGACGACGGGUCUGGUAUUCCAUAUAUGUUUUGGAUCGUUUGCUGUCCUUGCAGCUGGGACGGCCGCCUGCUAUUCAUGACGGAGACUGCUACGUCCCGCUGCCUUCCCGCCUAAGCGAUUGCGAUAUUGACUGGGAUGCUGGCGAGAUGCCAGUGGCUCCAGAAGGCCCCUCUUCAGGGGACUAUUUUUUGGCAGUCAUUUCAUUCUCACAUAUCGUCGGGUACGUCCUGCGAGAUCUAUACAGCCCCAAAACAGGCCACGGCACAAACGCGGACAUGUUCAACACGAAGGACCUCGACCGGCAGCUUAUACAAUGGAAAUUGCAGCUACCCCGGCCGCUGCGUUUCGACUUGGGCCAUGCUUUUGACAAGUCCCUUGCUUUCAGGCGACAGCGCAAUAUGCUAGCCGUGAAAUAUCACCACCUUAGGGCGCUCACGCAUAGGCCAUAUUUAUGCUACCCGCUUCUAAGGGACAUGGAUACGACGGAUGCCACGCUUGCACAGUCAAAUUGGCCGCUGGUGCGCUCGUAUGAAAAGAUAUGCAUUGCCGAAGCCCGAGAAAUGGCCCGUCUCCUCCACGGCAUCUCGAGCGAAAAAGAUCUGGUACACGAGUUUCCUUGGUGGCAAAUGAUCUCCUGCUUGAUCUGCGCGGGCUCCAUCCUACUUGUGUCCAGUAUUUUCAUCCAGCAAACAGAUGACGGAAUAGAUGAGUUCAACGCGGAAAGUCUCUCGGAUGAUGCAGAAACAUGCCUGAGGGUGUUCGAAGCCCUCGGCACAAACUCCACAGGCGCCAGAAUCGCGAGAGAUAUGAUGGAGAAAUUGAAGGAAUGCGGUCUCAUUUGGAAAAACGCUGCGGCCUCCUCCGGAACCUCCAAUCCCUUCUCUAGGAGGCAGGCAAUCUCUGCGUCUGAUGCACCACAGGGUACAGGAUCCGUGGCAGGACUGAUGCCUCCUGUGGACUUACUAAAUCUACACCUGCAAGGAUCUCUUGCGGAUUUCUCUAUGCCAACGCCUAGCAAUUGGCCAGCUGAGAUCAUCGACUCCAUGGCUUGGUCGGCGCAGUUUUUCGAAGCCAUUCAGCCUGAAGAGUAGCUGUAUAAUCUGUGGAUUGUAUGUUUAGCAAAAUGAACAGCGAAAUACUAGGGCCUUUGGGAUUAUUACCAUGCUUGGUACCCCCUUUUCAUCUUCGCAGUAAGGAUUUGGAUGGAGGAGAUUAUAUGCACAAGCCCGUUUUUGUUGUAGAGUUGUCAAGAGUGGUGAACCGCACUAGCCGGCAUCGUUCGGGACCGGCUUAGCCGGCGUACAUCGUAAGUAAGAGCCUGGAUAUCCGAU